CCUAAUUGUUUUGUAAUCUUCCACGGUACCACCUAAGCGGAAGUCUCUUUCAGGGAAUCCUGUUGUUUGUGGUAGUAUUAUAUAGAUGGAGUGUGCCUAAAGUUGGAAAGCCACACUCCUCUUGAUUCCUUUGAUUAAAAUGACUUCUGCCCAAACAGUCGAGAUUGGUGGUAAGCAAGAGCUUUCGGUUGUGGAGAAAGCAGCCGAGAGCUUGAAGCGUCUGCAACGAGGUCAGUGGAUACGCGCAGCUGUGCUCGGGGCAAAUGACGGAUUGCUUUCAACGACGUCUCUAAUGCUUGGUGUUGGUGCAGCGAAAGAGGAUCAGUGGUCUAUGGUGCUUUCAGGUCUAGCUGGAGCUAUUGCAGGUGCUUGUAGCAUGGCUGUCGGGGAGUUUGUCUCAGUGUCUACUCAAAGGGACAUCGAGGGCUCGCUGAAUGAUGAGUGCAACUCAAGAGAGAAACAUGAUGGAGAUGUCGAGAUUAAAGUCACUCCCAUCACCAAUCCAUCUUUAGAGGAAACUAAACAUAAUGUGUUCGGAAUGUCACCCUCAAUAAAUCAUCCUUCAAGUACCCCAACACCUCAUCCAAAUUAUUCAAAUUUCCUGUCGCCUGCAAGAUCCCCAAUGAUGAAAAUAGUAAUGUCCGAUGCAAGAAAAAGUACUGUGGAAGAGCCAGCGGUGAUGUCUGAUGACAGAAACGAAAGACUGCCAAAUCCGUACAAGGCUGCAGCUGCAUCAGCUGUGUCAUUUCUAAGUGGUUCGUUUUUCCCCCUGAUGGCCGCUAUUCUUGUUCAUGAUAAUGUUGCUAGGAACAUAGUGGUAGUGAUAGUAGCAUCCAUAGCAUUAGCAUUGUUUGGAGUCAUCGGAGCUUUUCUUGGUGGUUCAUCCAUAAGGCUGUCCGCGUUAAGAGUUCUACUUGGAGGGUGGAUUGCUAUGGGAGUCACUUACGGUUUGCUAAAGCCUUGGGACAAGGAUGACAAGGCAGGUAAAGAUAAGAGUCUUCACAAUGACUAAUAUGUAUUUCUAUGGGAUAUACAGAGGCGAGAUAUCAUGUCUAGGUGCUAUCUAUAUAUUACGGAUUGUUUGAGUGUAAUAAUAACUUGGUUGAGGUUAUCCGCUUCUCUUCUGAGAAA